AUGCCUUCUGGGGGACUGGAGAUACUUGGAGUGAUUCUGGCUGUCCUGGGAUGGAUCUCAGCCAUUGCAUCCUGCGCCUUGCCCAUGUGGAGAGUGUCAGCUUUCAUUGGGAUGAACAUUGUCACAGCCCAGAUCACCUGGGAGGGUAUCUGGAUGAACUGUGUGGUCCAAAGCACAGGUCAGAUGCAGUGCAAAAUCCACGACUCCAUGUUGGCUCUGAGCGCAGACCUUCAAGCCGCCCGUGCCCUCACUAUCAUCUCCAUCGUGGUGGGCAUUGUGGGAGUCUUAGUCGCCAUGAUGGGGGCAAAAUGCACCAACUGUGUGGAAGGGGAGUCAGCCAAGGCUCGGGUGAUGAUAGCGGCCGGGGUGGCCUUCAUCUUGGCUUCUCUGACCCAGCUGAUCCCCGUGUCCUGGUCUGCCCAUACUAUCAUCAUGGAGUUCUACAAUCCAGUCAUACCCGAGGCCAGAAGAGGAAGACUUUUCAGUAUGUCUAUUGGGCUGGAGUUGAUUGGCAUCUCCCUGUGCAUUUUGGGAUGGAUUAUCGCCAUUGUGGCGUGCGCCCUCCCCAUGUGGAGGGUGACAGCUUUCAUUGGCAGCAACAUAGUGACGGCUCAGAUUAUCUGGGAAGGCCUGUGGAUGACUUGCGUGGUCCAGAGCACGGGACAAAUGCAGUGUAAGGUCUACGACUCCAUGCUCGCCCUCUCCCAAGACCUCCAAGCUGCCCGCGCCCUCACCGUUAUCUCCAUCCUGUUGGCCAUCCUGGCCGUGCUCAUUGCCAUCGCUGGGGCCAAGUGCACCAACUGCAUUGACGAUGAGGCAUCCAAGGCCAAGGUGAUGAUCAUCUCUGGGGUCUUCUUCAUUGUUUCCGGGGUCAUGCAGCUCAUUCCUGUCUCCUGGUCCGCCAACACCAUAAUCAGGGACUUCUACAACCCUUUACUUACUGAUGCUCAGCGGAGGGAGCUGGGUGCUGCACUGUACAUCGGCUGGGCAGCUGCCGCCCUCCUGGUUCUCGGUGGCGGACUGCUCUGCUGCUCCUGUCCACCACGUGAGACCCGAUACAACCCCUCACGAAUGGCUUACUCUGCCCCACGGUCUGCAGGAGGUCCAGGAUUAGAAAGGAAAGACUAUGUAUGAAUGAAAGAGGAAAAGACAUUGUUGAAUCUCUAACCUGCUCUCCACACCAAACUGAGGGUGUACUGAGGAAAAGAGCUCAAGGAAACAAGGAGACAAGGAGACUCCGCAAUGAAGGAUGUGUUUGAUUUUUCCUUUCAUAUAACGUAUCUCUGAAUUAGGCUCUUUGUUUUUCAAUGACUGAAAAUGCAUGCAGAGGGCACUGCAGUGGAAAUUUCCUUUAAUCAAGUUCCAAAACAAAAAGCGAAGAAAUUUCUGCUCCGUCACGCUAAAUGUUAUUGUCAUUGUACAAUCAUAUACUUUUUACACAGACACAGUUUUUAAUGUUUACCACUGAAUUUUUUUUUAAAUCCGCUGUGACUGCUUCAUGUGUCACCUUCAUAAUAAGGCAUUACUGCGUACAGAAUGGAAGAUCUGGAUGUGCUAAAUGGUAUGACAGGGUUAU